AUGCCUGAAUGUGCCGUCACUCCACCAGCGCAGCAGGAUAUUGAAGAAUCACAAAACCACACUGGUGAGCCUGUUGGAGAUGACUACAAAAAGCUGGGAACGCUUUUUGGUGAACUGAACAAAAGCCUCCUCAACAUGGGCUUCACAAGGAUGUAUUUUGGCGAAAGAAUUGUGGAACCAGUAAUCGUCAUCUUCUUUUGGGUCAUGCUGUGGUUCCUUGGCCUGCAAGCCCUGGGACUGGUCGCUGUUCUUUGCCUCGUCAUUAUUUAUGUGCAACAGUAAAAUAUGGUCAAAUGAGCUGUCGUUUGAUGUUUGGUAGCCAUAUACGUCAUUGGUGAAGUUAUAUAUUUCACUACAUGAAAGCUGAAAGGUUUGCUUUGUUUCAAAUUGUGUGCUGUUUUGUAACUAAAUUUAUGAGUGGAUGUUGUUUAAAAUUAAACUCAACUCUUGAUUAUAACAGGGUUGAAUAUACAUUUUGUAGCUUAUUCAAAAUUCUUGUUUUACUACUGUGAUCUGUGCCCACUCUUAAACACCCUAUUCCCGUGCCAAAACUUAAAUUACACCACCAAAAAGUGAGCAGGGAAAAUAACAGGAUAUGGAACUCAAAUUGGGCAAUAUAGGUCUUGUAAAGAGCUCCAAUAAAACAUUUUAGAAGAAGGAUGAAACAAGGAACUAAAAGUAAGUUUUAAUUGGAGAAUUACUCCCCACCCACCCCCACCAAAUAACUCCAUAUUAUUUAGGAAAUAAUUUGGAUUUCUAUUGUCCCUGCUUAGCUCAGACCAAUGUAAAUGAUAAUUACUAUACACUACCUUAAUAUUUUUAUGAAAACCAGUAAAGCUAGCACAUUUUCUAAAGAUUGAAAAGAAUAUAUUUAUUAUUGCUGAGGAAACUUCCCAAGUUAAAUGUAACUUUUUUAUAAUGUAACACUUGGCCUAGAAUCAUUUCAGUAUAUCAUUUGAAGUUUUAGACAAUUUUGGUGCUAAUUACUCUUUGUGAAUUUUUAAGGUCUCAGAAGCCAGGUCCGUAGUUGGCUGCACCCCAUGGUAAUGCUGUAUUUUCUUGUAUCUAACAAAUUGCAUAUUUUUU